AUGUCUCCUGCUUGCUUCCGGCAGGUAUCGGAGUCCCCCACCAGGACAGAGGAGCCCGGGCAUGCACUGGAGGCUGGCAGAGGGCACAUGGCUCAUGUGGGGAAGGAAGCCAUAACCGUCACCCUCCAUGGUGUGAGCAACCUGCCAGCCACGAGGGAGGGCCAGGUGCCAUGGCCAUACGUUGUCGUUAAGACCAGCAGAGGGGAUGAGCAGAAGCCAGAGGUGACCCAUGCAUCCUCAGUGCCCACCCAUGCACCCAUCUGGGAGGAGAAGUUGAUGGUGGAAAUGGAUGCUGAAGAUGCGGGCUGGGUAGCCCUGACUGUCACUGUGGCAGACAAAGCCACCAAGGAGGCAUGGACCUUCCAGCUGCUGGUGCAGCACCUCCAGCCUUUCCAGCCCUACCACUGCAGGCUGGUGCUGCCAAGGGCGCAAGACCCCGCAGGGAUCGUCCUGUAUGUCACCAUCAUCUGCAAAGGGAGUUUCAUCCCUCACUGUGAUGGACUCAGCUAUGUGGCCUUGGAGGUGCUGCUGCAGGGGCUGUCAGCCCCCCUGGCCAACCCCAUCAGGGCCAUCGUCGCGGUAGCCAGGGUCAUGACCAAUGUUCAUGAGUGCAAGCACCACAUGGAGAAACAUCCCAUCGCCUGGCCCGGCAUCUGCACCACCACAGUCACAUUCCCGGACCCUCCGGCAGCAGCCUUCAGCAUUACCCGAGCUGCAAACCACGGCUGCCCACAAAUGUCCCAACCAGCUGGGUCCCCAGAGCAGCCGACAUGGGACACCUCCUUCCUCUUCCAAGGCCAAGACAUGGCCACCAUCUUCUCCAAAGACACCUCCCUGGUGAUUGAAUAUUACCCUUACAAAGCCAUUGAGUCUGGGGACGUCACUGGGGAUGCUCUUCCUCAUCCUUGGGAUGCUCCAGGCACCCUCAUUCCAAUGGGAUACUCAGUGCUGCCCCUCACCAGCCAUGUUUUCCAGGAGCUGGCAGCACACAGCAGCAGGAUGUGCAUGGAUGGCCUCGCUAUGCAGGGCACGGACCUCAAAACCACGUCUGGGGCCAUCCCAACCAUGGGGCUCUGCCUGCAGCUCCUUCGAUCCCAGAGACCGGCAACAUUCCUGACUCUGUCAGGCAGCAGUGCCCUCCCCAGCCUGGAUCCCACUGCCACCAGCACAAUCAAGAGGCAUGAAGAGCUGUGGGCAGCCCCCGUGCACCCAUUCAAUUGCCAGCUCCACAGGGACAAUGUGUCCCUCCCAGCAGCUGACGCUGUGGCCAGAAAGCAGCCGUUCCCAUGUGGGCUGGGAGCACUGUCAGAGAAGUGGAGGCCCCCUGAGAUCAUUGGGGACCACAAGGAGCUGGUGAGUGCCAAGGAGACAGGAGGAGCAGGGGACAGUGGGGGCCCUGGGGGAGACAGCAGUGUCCCCGAGGUGGGUCCUGGCUCCCAUGGGGACCGAAGCCAGGCUGCUGUCAGCUCUACACUGCCGGAGGUUAGGAGCUACUGCUUGGCACUGAAGCGGAUGGCAGGGGAUCUCCUGUCCCUGCGCCAGCAUGUUGCCAGCCUGGAGGUGGAGAACAGGCACCUGCGGCGCCGCCUGGCCUCACAGGAGGAGUUGGGCCAUGCUCUGCUCACUGAUGUGGACCUGGACGUCAUGACCCAGGAGGAACUGCUGGAUAGGCUUGCCACCCUCAAGCACAAGCUGGCGGCCAGCACAGCGGAGUUGAGGAGGCUGAAGGACCGUGUCCAGCAGUUGCAGAAUGAGCUGAUCCGGAAAAAUGACCGGGAGAAGGACCUGGUGCUGCUCCAGCAAGCCCACCAGCAGCAGCAAGCCACACUGAGGAGGUGCCAGGAGAAGGUGGUCAAGACAAAGGUCUUGGAGGAGAUUGUGCGGCAGCAGGAGAAAGUGAUCAAGGUGAUGGAGUGGAUGCUGCAAGAGAAGCUCACCAGGGUGGGAAGGAGCUCUGAGAAGCCAGUGGGUGAAGUCCUCUCCAGGGAGGUGUACACCAUGCUGCUGGCUGAGAACCACAGGCUGCAGGAGGAGUUGGAGGGGCAUCCCUACCCCUUGCCCCCCAUUACCCCACAGCCCCCAGCCUUGCUGGGUGGUUCUGGGGGCACAGAGAAGCUGUGUCUGCUGGCCAGGCUGGAAGAGGCACAAGUCCGUGGGCGGGUGCUGGAGAGGCAGCUGGAGGAGGUGGCGAGGAGGUGGGGACGGGAGAAGCAGGAGCUCGGCACUCGUCUGCUGGAGGAGGAGCAUGGCUUCCCCCAUGCCCCCACCUCGAACCUGCCAGUGAUCCCCACGGCCCCCCUGAGAAGAUCCCAGCCCAUGGCCCUCCUGCCUUAGCCCAUGCCCAGCAAGAGAAAUGGAGAAACUUAAUGCUGGCAAAAAGCAGACAGUGCUUU